AAAAUUUGUAUGCCUAAGCCCACUGAUGUGACCACAAGUCACUUGGCCUUUGUCCACAUAGUGAACCUCGUCACUGAAGUUAUUUUGGUAUCUCUGGAACUGUUUGAGUCCCUGCAUUUUGGGAAUGACUUCAAAUGUAAGGCUUUGCUCUCCCCGAGCAGGGUGAUGAGGGGCCUCUCCAUCUGCACCACCUGCCUCCUGAGCAUGUCCAGUCCAUCACCAUCAGCCCCAGCACCUCCUGGCUGUAGCAACCUGAUCAUCUAUGCUGUGUCGUCUUCCGAUGGGACUCAGACCAAUCUGGUGAUUCUCACACAGUACUGCUCCCUCUCACCCGUGAGCUACAUCAUUAGGGGCUUGAUUGUCAGUCUGUCAGGAUCCAGGGAUGUGUCCUUUGUAGGAAUUAUGCUGCUCUCAAGUGCAUACAUGAGAUUCUCCUGUGCAGAGGCAAUACCAGGACAUUCACAGCACCAGCCUCUCCCCAAGAGCCUGCCCAGAGAAAAGGGCCACCCACACCGUCCUGCUACUGGUGACUUUCUCUGUGGUCAUGUACUGGGUGGACCUUAUCAUCUCAUCCUCCUCCACCCUGUUAUGGGCAUGUGACCCAGUUCUCUUGGGUAGCCAGAGGCUUGUGGUCAACAUCUAUGUCACAGUGAGUCCUUUGGUGCUACUCAGUUCUGAUAAAAGAAUAAUCAAUGUUUUCCAAAUUAUGUGGCAAAAAGUUCAUCAAUUUUAACAGAUUGAUUAUGAAAAUAAUUGCCUAAAAAGUACAUUCUUUUGCUAUCAGUUAAAUAACUUAAGUAGCACAGGCUCUAACACCUGGUUUAAUUAAGAUGUGUGGAAUGACACGUUUAAACUAUGUAAACACUGUUGGCACCUGUGCUGCCAUAUUUGGGUUUCAAUUCUGUGGGGCAUUAUAAGGAUCCUUGUCAUUUCUUGAUUAUUUUUUGCUGUGUGCAUUGCAAGGAUCUUUAGAAUAUGUAGUAUUUUUAAAAGCAAAAUGUGCACAAUGUACACAUAGAUGAAAUACUUUACAAAACUAUUUUGUGAAAAAAAAAGAGUCUUAUGAGAAAUCCUGAUUUUCUUGAUUUGGUUCAUCACUCCACAUUCCUUCACUAUACCAUAUGGCACUGAUAUUCGUACAGUGUGAUUAUUUUUCUUUCAUAUUGAAAUGUUUUCUUAUGUUUUGCACAAGUUUCUAGUAUCAUUCCUUAAUUUUAGUGAAAAGUAGGUGUAUAUACAUAUAAUUGUAGUUUUUCUGUAACAAUACUCAUCAUUGAUAGAAUUAGUUACCUGAGUUCAAGUUCUUUGACUCCAGCCACCAUGAUUCCUCCUUAGCAUUUUUCUGACACCUAAAAGGUAAUAUUGGUUUGGAUUUUUCACUUAAUUCAGCAGUUUUUAAAAAGAAUUUUAAUUGAAAUAUGCAUGCUGUUAGAUCUUACUGGUUACUCUUCAAUUGAUAGUUUCUACUCUCAUUUCAUGGUGCCUAGAAAAUAUGACGUGUAGUAUUUUCAUUUCUAGGAAGCUAAUGGUAUUCUUGGGCCAAAAACAUUUCCAUUUCUAAUCAUGUUCUCUUGUAUUUGAAAAUAAUGUGUACCCUGUGCUCUCUGUUUUAAAAUGCUAUUUGCUUAUCUGCAUAACUAGUAAAACUUACUAAUAAAGUUAUUAACACACUUUAUGCUCAUUUAUUUGUCAUAUGUCAAAACUGUUGAUCUUUGUGAUUGUUUUAAUGUCAUCUAACAUUAUUAUAGAUAUUUCAAUUUCUUUUUUUAUGAAUUUUUGUAUUAUACAUUGUAACUCAUAUAUUAUGCUAUAUGUACAAUUGGCUUAAAAUAGUACCUAAUACAUUAAAUUUUCUUGGUAAAUAUUAAUAAUUUUAUAAUAAAAUUUGUAUCUAUUGAUACAAUUAUUAACUUAAA